ACCCGAGCCAUUCCUCGCCGAGACACCGCCGAAAGUGGAACCAAGAUCUCCUGUCUCUCACGUUAAAUUGUUAAGGUUAUUUAAAACAAUUCGUUCCCCGCUCCUUAAACUCAUAUACCUCUGUCAUGUUAUCGGCCGCUGCACCUUUGUCAAUAUCCAGUCGAGGUUUUUAGCGGCAAAUGAGUUACUCCGUACCUUGGUGAAGGUAUUUCUCCGCGUAAUCAGCCCGGGGGCGCGAGGCGGGAGCGCAAUGGCGGACUCCAACAGCAACGUCGUCGUCGACAACAUGAACAAUCUCAACAACCUCAGAAAAAACUUCGUCUGCGGAGUCGUCGAAGGGUUUUAUGGCCGUCCAUGGACUCCAGAACAGCGAAAAGAUCUUUUUGCAAAGCAACAGAAGUGGGGCAUGAACUGCUAUCUCUAUGCCCCUAAAGAUGACUACAAGCAUCGGGCUUACUGGCGUGAGCUGUACACAGUGGAAGAAGCUGAGCACCUUACAGCCCUCAUUACUGAAGCCCGGCAACAUAAUAUUACCUUUUAUUAUGCCAUUUCCCCUGGCCUUGACAUUACCUACUCAAGUCAGAAAGAAGUGUCAGCUUUAAAGAGGAAACUGGAACAAGUGCAGCAACUUGGUUGUAAUGCAUUUGCAAUUCUCUUUGAUGAUAUUGACCCAGAAAUGAGCGGUGCAGACAAAGAAGUGUUUCAGUCUUUUGCUCAUGCCCAAGUGUCAGUUACCAAUGAAGUGUUCACUCAUCUUAAUCAGCCAAAGUUUAUGUUUUGUCCAACACAGUACUGUUCAACUAGAGCUGUGCCCAGUGUGCAAACAUCAGAGUACCUGAAUACAAUUGGUCAGAAGUUGGCCCCAGAAAUAGACAUCAUGUGGACAGGACCAAAGGUUAUUAGUAAGGUUUUGACUGUGGAGCAUAUUAGAGAAGUGACUGAAGUAAUGAGGAGACCCCCUGUCAUCUGGGACAACCUUCAUGCAAAUGAUUACGAUCAAGCACGACUCUUUUUGGGACCUUAUUGUGGUCGCUCUCCAGACCUUAUUCCCCUCCUAAGGGGUGUUGUAACAAACCCUAACUGUGAAUAUGGACCAAACUUCAUUGCCAUCAAUACUCUAUCCCAAUGGUCAAAGUCAUCAACCUUAACUAGCUGUGACAAUAAUGAUGCAGUUAGUGCAGACAUCAGAUUAGAAACUGAGGGUGAUGAUUCCAGUGACGAUUGCCCCACUGGCCUCUCCCCAGCUACAUAUCAUCCUCGAAGAGCUUUGAGGAUGGCUCUUAUGGAGUGGCUUGUAGAGUUUAACCGUCCUAUUUCUGCAUUUGGAACCAUACAACAGCCUCAGAUCCCUACCCCAGUGCCUAUUUUGCCCUCAGUCAACACAUGCAUGUCUAUUACUUCCACCACAACUGCUACAACUGGGCCACAACCUAACAUUAAUCUGUUAGCAGAAGCAGUUCAAGAUGCUUCCUUCAACCCUGCCAUGAACCCUGUAAUGAAUUCUCUAGUCUCGGAAAACAAAAUAGUUGUAGACACAGUGCCUGAGGAGGCUGACACAGCUUCUACAGUCUCGCAAGACACCUCCACAACAUCAGGUGUGGAGCCUAUGGAUUGCAAUCCAUCACCGGCAACUUCACCCCCACACAAUGAAGACAUCAUGCUGGUUGAAAAUGGUGAAACUCCCAAAGCGGAGAGUGACACUGAAGAUAGCACUACUCCUGUGAUUGAUCCAGAAACCCCAGAGGAUGAGACUACUACUACUAUCAAAAAAUCCCUUACGCUGCCGUUAGAUACUAUGCUGGAUAAUGUAGAAGAUGAGUUGACUGUGGAUGAUUUACAGUUGUUGGCUGAUCUAUUCUACCUUCCAUUUGAGCAUGGUAAACAAGGUCUUAAUAUUCUUAAUGAAUUCAACUGGUUGAAGAUGAAUUCCCAUCUUGUAAUUGACCACAAGAAGAAUGAUGAGGAAACUCCAAAGCCAGAGGUCCAAGAAUGGUUUGAUCGAUCAACAAAAUUUGAUGAAACUGCAAAGAAUGUCAAGAAAAUGUCAAACAGGUUGAACAAAGUGAAAAACAGAUCUCUACUAUACGACAUCUACCCAUAUGUGUGGGACAUGCAUGGAGUCAUCUCUCUCCUGAACUCCUACGUCAAGUGGCUAGCUUUGGGCCAGGUUUCAUCACUGGUCAGCAACUACGUUCAUGGCAACUAUACCUGGUUCAGUAAGGGAUGGCGUGAAGCAUUUAUGUCUGGCGACCAGGAGCCGUGGGUCUUCAGGGGAGGACUGACCGCCGAACUGCAACGGCUCAUACCUGUAGAUGCAAGCAACGACCUCUUUGUGUACAAAACCCCAGAAGUACCAUUAAAUCAUGCAUACGUUAUCCGGCCAUACCUGCCUGAGGAUCGUGCUAAGCUGUACAGAUUAAUUCUGCGGACGUCAGAUGAUGGAAGAGAUGGCACUACACUCUAUGCAGCUCACACUGAUUUACCUGGUGACUUGGCGGUUGGCAGCUUCCUGGAGUCCUUAGAAGAGGUUGUAGUUAUGGUGGUAGAAGAUGAAUGGGGAGAUAUUGUUGCGUAUGCCUCAGCAGCUGGCAACAGUGUAGCACAAACUGCCCGAAACUCUUCGCACCUCGCACAAAUACGAGAGAAGUAUCCUAAGGUAACACGAGAAGAAGGUGUCAUGCUAACACCUUGUGAAGAAUUGCUGGUAACAUUAGCAUCUGAACCACAAGCCCCACCUGAAGCCCUCGCAGCUUCGCAUCCAGCUGUUCUGAAUAUUUCCUCCCUUCCAACUAUUGCGGAUGAGUCUAUAACCAAGAGGUUGUUGACGUGUAUGUUAGCAUCACUAAGAUCCAAGGGUGUAUUUAGUGGACAUUGUAGUGUCAGUGUUGGAGAAAAACUUACUCUUGAAUUGUACAGUCGUCUUGGCUUUUUGGAAUUGGCUACUCAGAGUACAACAUUAUACCUUGGGAGGUCCUUUUGACCGCCCACGAAAUCUGAGCCUGUUUGAAAGGACGGCGCUGCAUAGUACCUGCCAUGUUGCAGCCUGCACACCAAGAAAGAAUACCACCCACACUUGCAUACCAGAAAAUUCUCCUGGUAAAGUGGGGAGGUUACAUACAAUGGUGUGCCAGAUCUCGUAACUUGUAAAGUUACUUGCAAUAUCAUUCAACUUCCAUUGAUUGUUAAGAGAUGCCAAAUAAAUGGUUCCACAUGUUGUUAUGGAAGGGAUGAUAAUUAAGGAGACUGUCUGCAUUCAGUCUCGAAUAUCAAGCUAUUGCAGCUGGUUAAUGUGAUAUUUAUGUUGACAGGUUGUUAGCAGUUAUUUUAUUUAUUAUUUUUUUUUAAGUUUAUAUUAUUUUGUUGAUUUAUCAGACUAUUUUAUUUGUCCUGCCAACAACUUGUCUUAAAUUUUAUUUAGUCAUGCACAUUAUAAGAGGUUUAAAUAUUAGUCAUUGUAAAGAUAUAGAUCUUUUUAUCAAUAAAAUUAUUCUAUAUGA